UUCAACCGUCACGUCUGAAUAGGAUCGGACUUUUCUUCCCUUUUCCGCUUCCUCCCCAAUUAUUCGUUUCUUUUGACUCCUUCACUCUUUCCCUUCCCGCCUCUCUCCCUUACUCCCCUUAAUUCAUAGGGUUCUUCUCUUCAACUCCUCUCCACUUUCUCAUUCCUCAACAUUCUCUCUCUCUCUCUCUUUCUUGAAGUUGAAGUUUGUGCAUCAAUGGCGGAUUUUACCAAGGCCAAAGAAUCUCUGAUCAUAUCAAUGGCAACAACAUCUGGAUCGUCAUCUUCAGUCCCCAUUGACGACGAUUUCGAGGACGCUUGCAGUAUCUGUCUUGAACCUUUCUCCCUCCAUGAUCCUGCUUCUGUGACGACUUGCAAACAUGAGUAUCACCUGCAUUGCAUACUUGAAUGGUCCCAGCGAAGUAAAGAGUGUCCAAUCUGUUGGCAGUCUCUUGCAUUAAAGGACGCUGCAAGCCAAGAGCUUUUAGCUGCUGCUGCGAUUGAGAGAAACUCUAGGAUAAGGCACGCGUCGAACAAUCAGACCACUUAUCCCCACCAAUAUCAAGAGUCUGGCUCUGCAUAUGGGUCUCAUUGGACCGAUGACUCUGAUUUUAAUGAGCGUAUGAUGCAGCAUUUGACUGCUAUGAUGAACCGAGCUCGACAAGCCCACCGAAAUGAGAGGCGUAGAUCCUCAGGGCGGAGUCCUUCUCCGGAACUUAUGUUCCCAUCUCGUGCAAGUGAAUCAAUCAUGCAUCCAAAUACUCCUGAAGAGUAUAACUCUACUUAUGGUUCAUCUGGAGGCAGCUCGCCAAUUGCUAGUAGCACCCAGCCCCCUUUAUCAGCAAGCCCCUUUUUUGUCAAUAUGUCUUCAGGCUCCGCUCCAAGGGGAGUUUCUCAUCAACCGUCUAGACCUCCACAAAGCCAGUCACCUGACUGUACUCCAAGACCAAGGUCAUCAGAGCUGCACGCUUUUUCAGAGUCAAUUAAAUCCAAAUUCUCUGCAGCAUCAGCCAGAUAUAAGGACUCAAUUUCCAAAGGUACACAAGGUUUUCGGGAAAAGCUUCUCGCACGUAAUGGUUCUGUUAAGGAACUGAGUAAAGGAGUUCAGCGAGAGAUGACCGCCAGCAUAGCUGGUGUGGCACGAAUCAUUGAGCGUCUAGACCUCAAAUCCAAACGGAACACACAGUCUGGUGAAGAUGUUAGUCAUGGUGGGGAGACCUCAAACAUCUUUUCAAAGGGAAAAGGGGUGCUGGAUCAUAUUAUAGCAGACUCUCGGGAGAAUCAUGUGGUUACAAGCGGAGAUUUGAAUUUGCAUAAAAAAUCCCCGGCCGCAUGCUCUAUCUCAAGCCAUAAAGAUGUUUUAAUUCCAGAGAGGUAAUUAAAGCUGUUUGAGCUUGGCUCUUCUAGAUGCAUUGAAGUGCAAGUAGCAAACUCAGCUUUCAGAGAAAAUAUUUGCGGUUGCAAGAGACGUCUAUCAAGGAGACCCUCAUUGAUUCCAGCGUCCUGCAGGUAGUAAUAUACUUUUAUUCUACAGGAUAGUGCGCUUUUUGACAGUUGCUGUCAUUUGAUAAGUAUAUAUGACUGAGAUUGAUGGUUAUAUAUUUUGACUUGUAACUUGUACCUGGUAUAUUGAGAUGGUGAUUGCAGUUGUAAGAUAAGUGAUAUCUAUGUCUUCAUAUGGAAAUGAUACACCAAUUUCUUGCAACAUACGUUUUCUUUCA